AUGCCCAUCAAUCCAGGGAUGCUGCUGCAACAACUAGGUCAAGGGAGUCCGAGACAGAGCUGCAGCGGGCAACCCACAAUGCCUGCAACGCUGCAGCAACUUCUGCUGCCAGAAACUCCUAAGACCCACAGACAAGGGCAAACAGACCUUCAAGGGCUGCUACAAACAUGGCCGCUCAUUGUAAUUUAUGCUGACAAAUGGCCUCAUGAUGAGCACGAACAGCGCUACAAUUCCCCUGCGGGCAACAAAGUGGCUGAUAUUAUACAUGGGGAGCAAGACCGCACUAGCGAUAUUGUCCUCAAAUCAAUCCAUCAAUCAUAUGAUGCAUUGCAGUACCCUUUACUUUUCCCUUAUGGUGACGAUCGCUACCACUUCGGCAUUCCCCUUCAUACUCCGGGUGGCCAACUUACAACAUCCUCCAAAGCCUUAUUGUGCAAGGCCUUCUACUCAUGUGAAGAGAUUGCCGGGCAAAGUCUUUCUCUUUUAUGUAAAAGUGGAGAUGGUUUGUCACAUGCCUUUGUUCGAUUAGAUCUCAAGCAAAAGGAUCUCUCAGACAUCAGCAUUCUUCAAGGCUAUAUUCACCUUCGUUAUGUGGACAUCAGUAACAACAGAGUCACUGAUCUUGAGUCACUGAACAAUCUUACACAUUUACUGAGUUUGAAAGCAGACUACAACCAACUAGAGAAAAUUGCUCUUCGACCAUUUCCAUUUCUUCAGCAUGCUUCCUUCAGUUUUAAUAAAAUAAUGCAUACAUCAGGAUUGCAACAUCCACUUCUGGAGCACCUGAACCUGAACAAUAAUCAAAUUGAAGAUGUUAAAGGUCUUGAUGGAAGCCUACUGACCAAACUACAUACUUUGGAAAUAAAGGAAAACAAAAUUGAAUCACUUGAACACCUGAACAUACCCAGCUUGAGAAACCUCUAUAUUGGAUAUAAUGCUAUUAACAGUCUUAAUGGCAUAUCAAGAAUGAAUGCACUGGAAACUUUGUACCUUAGGAAAAAUAAUAUUGCAGACCUGACAGGUUUAGAGGAAACUAUAAUCGACUUGAAAUACAUCAAUUUGAGGGAAAAUAGGAUUGAUAGCAUAGCAGAAAUAAUGAAACUGCAAUGUUUGCCAUCUCUAAAGAUUUUGUCUUUAACAGAUAAUCCUGUUUGUAAUGAAGAUGAUUUCAGGACUGAAGUGUUAGUGACACUUCUGGGUUUGGACAAAUUGAAUAAAGAUGAAUUUGCAGAUGAGGAGAAAAUAGAAGCAUUGGAAAUUUACAGACAACGACAGGCUGAGAAGAAAAAAUCUGUGGAGUUGGAAAAUAUGGACAGUGUUGUUUAA